UUAUUUCAUAAAAAAUGAAUAAUAAUACAAAAUCAGGACAAUAAAUAUAAUAAAAUGAUGAAAUAUUGAAAAAAGAAAUAGAAAACUUAAAAUUUGUAACAGAUGUACCUAAGUUAGUUAAAUAAUUUUAAGUUUUAGAAAAUUUUUCAAAUCAUCCAUAUAGACAUAUAAUAUUUAAUCCAAAUAUUGAUUAAAAUAUUUUUUUGUAAUUUUUAAUGUUAACCUAUAGAGGCUUAGUUUAUUCUACAAAAUGUCUAAAAGGGCCAUCUGAUAAAUUUAUUUAAUAAAAAUAAGUUGAAUUAACGCCUGCAAAAAAUCCUACAAACAAUAUUUUGUUUUUAGAUUUAGAUGAGACAUUAAUACAUAGUUGUAGAAUAAAUGAAAACUAUAAUGUAUAGAUAAAAGCUUUUGAAGAUAAUAAUUCUUAAUAAGAAUAUUUAAUUUAAUUCAGAAUAAGGCCUUAUUGUAUGGAGUUUUUAUAGAAAAUAUCAAAAUAUUGGGAUAUAUAUUUAUUUACAGCUUCUUCUACUACAUAUGCUAAUGCUAUUGUUAAUUAUUUAGAUCCACAUAGAUAAUAUAUAAAUUAAGUUUUAACAAGAAAAAAUUGUAUGGAAACUAAAAAUGGAUUUUUUGUUAAAGAUUUGAGGAUAGUUAAAGGUAUUAAUAUUAAAAAAGCUAUUAUUGUAGAUAAUUUAGCACAUUCCUUUGGACUAUAAAUUGAUAAUGGUAUUCCUAUUUUAGAAUGGCAUUCAGAUAAAAAUGAUGUAGAAUUAAAACAUCUUAUUGGUUAUUUAAUUGAAGCUUCUAAAGUUGAUGAUGUCAGAGUUUUUAAUUAAUAAAAUUAUAAAUUAACCGAAUUAAUUAAAUUUAAAUCUGAUGAUUUAAAAUUAAAAGAUUAAAAAAGUUAAAUUAUUAAUGUUUGAUAUUGCUUUUU